GGUGGCGCCAGUCGCUGGUCAACCUCCGAGGACGACGGCCGCCGCUGCUGCCAUUCUCUCACUUGUACCUUCACAUUAAGUUCUAUUGAGUCCUCGUAUUAUUACAAGUGACAAUGGCGUCCAGCACCAGCCCAAGCAUAAGCCAGCGCCAAAAGUUCUUGAAUGAGGUUCUUGCCAUUGAAUUGGCUUAUAACGACUUAAAGAAGCAUAAUGUGGAUUUAACUACCAUGAAAGGACUGACACAGAGUUUUGAAGUAAUUUGUUCAGCAUUGGACAAGUUAAAAGCAGAACACACAAGAACAACCGGCUCUGAGACUGGUGGGGACCAAGAAUUGCCUUCCAGUGCAGACAAGCCAAGUGUGGAUAUCAGCACUAAAAUGGAGGACGAUGAAAUGAACCUACAAAUGAAAGGGAAACAGUUCGGAAGAAUAAUGAAGUGUCUUCUUAAAGAAUUGGCGAAUCAACUAGAUAAACAACGGGAACAACUACGUAUACAAGAUGAAGAACCAGAUAGUUUGACGACAUUUCUGUGUGGAUUUCGUCAAACAUUGGAGAAGAUACUGAAUGAGAUUAUUUGGCGUGAAGACCGCAUUUCCCCACAGAAAACUCUGGCAGGAAAACGUAAAGACUUGCAGGAACCAGUUCGUCUUCAUGUUUCACUGGAACCAGUAUACCCUCAGCCAUUGCAGGUCCCAACACCUCUUCAGGGAUUGCAAAUAAUAUUUCAGACAUCGCCAAACCCAGUGCACUCUCAGCCAUUACCGACUCGAGUAUGCCCCUCAAAAUCUCAAGAUCCAAAAUGCCCUCAUACAUUGCAGGACGCAGUGUGCCCUCAGACACCGCAGGACGCAGUGUGCCCUCAGAUACCGCAGGACGCAGUGUGCCCUCAGACACCGCAGGACGCAAUAUGCCCUCAGGCACCGCAGGAUGCAGUGUGCCCUCAGACACCACAGGACACAAUAUGCUCUCAGACACCGCAGGACGCAAUAUGCCCUCAGACACCGCAGGACGCAGUGUGCCCUCAGACACUGCAGGACACAAUAUGCCCUCAGACACCGCAGGACGCAGUGUGCCCUCAGACACCGCAGGACGCAGUGUGCCCUCAGACACCGCAGGACACAAUAUGCCCUCAGACACCGCAGGACGCAGUGUGCCCUCAGACACUGCAGGACACAAUAUGCCCUCAGACACCGCAGGACGCAGUGUGCCCUCAGACACCGCAGGACGCAGUGUGCCCUCAGACACCGCAGGACGCAGUGUGCCCUCAGACACCGCAGGACGCAAUAUGCCCUCAGACACCGCAGGACGCAGUGUGCCCUCAGACACCGCAGGACGCAGGCUGCCCUCAGACACCGCAGGACGCAGUGUGCCCUCAGACACCGCAGGACGCAGUGUGCCCUCAGACACCGCAGGACGCAAUAUGCCCUCAGACACCGCAGGACGCAGUAGGCCCUCAGACACCACAGGAUGCAGUGGGCCCUCAGACACCUCAGGACGCAGUGUGCCUUCAGACACCACGGGACGCAGUGGGCACUCAGACACCACAGGAUGCAGUGUGCCCUCAGACAUCGCAGGACGCAGUGUGCCCUCAGACACCACGGGACGCAGUGGGCACUCAGACAUCGCAGGAUGCAGUGUGCCCUCAGACACCACGGGACGCAGUGGGCACUCAGACAUCGCAGGAUGCAGUGUGCCCUCAGACACCACGGGACGCAGUGGGCACUCAGACAUCGCAGGAUGCAGUGUGCCCUCAGACACCGCAGGACGCAGUGGGCCCUCAGAUACCACAGGACGCAGUGGGCCCUCAGACAUCGCAGGAUGCAGUGUGCCCUCAGACAUUGCAGGAUGCGGUGUGCCCUCAGUCAUCACAGGACGCAGUGUGCCCUCAGACAUCACAGGACGCGGUGUGCCCUCAGACACCGCAGGACGCAGUCUGCCCUCAGACAUCACAGGACGCGGUGUGCCCUCAGACACCGCAGGACGCAGUCUGCCCUCAGACAUCACAGGACGCGGUGUGCCCUCAGACACCGCAGGACGCAGUGUGCCCUCAGACACCGCAGGACGCAGUCUGCCCUCAGACACCGCAGGACGCAGUGUGCCCUCAGACACCGCAGGACGCAGUCUGCCCUCAGACACCGCAGGACGCAGUGUGCCCUCAGACAUCGCAGGACGCGGUGUGCCCUCAGUCAUCGCAGGACGCAGUGUGCCCUCAGACAUCACAGGAUGCAGUGUGCCCUCAGACAUCACAGGACGCGGUGUGCCCUCAGACACCGCAGGACGCAGUGUGCCCUCAGACACCGCAGGACGCAGUCUGCCCUCAGACACCGCAGGACGCGGUGGGCCCUCAGACACCGCAGGACGCAGUGUGCCCUCAGACACCGCAGGACGCAGUGGGCCCUCAGACAUCGCAGGACGCAGUGGGCCCUCAGACACCGCAGGACGCAGUGGGCCCUCAGACAUCGCAGGACGCAGUGGGCCUUCAGACACCGCAGGAUGCAGUGUGCUCUCAGACACCGCAGGAUGCAGUGUGCCCUCAGACACCGCAGAAUGCAGUGGACCGUAAGACACCGCAGGACGCAGUGGACCGUCAGACACCGCAGGAUGCAGUGGGCCGUCAGACACCACAGGACGCAGUGGACCGUCAGACACCACAGGACGCAGUGUGCCGUCAGACACCGCAGGACGCAGUGGACCGUCAGACACCACAGGACGCAGUGUGCCGUCAGACACCGCAGGACGCAGUGGACCGUCAGACACCGCAGGAUGCAGUGGGCCGUCAGACACCACAGACUCCAACUGAUACUCAAGCAGUUUCAGGAUCGGAUUCCUCAUUCGAGGGCGUGUCUCCCCUUUCUAUGCGUUUUAUGUUUGGAUCUUAUUCCUUUGAGAGUAAAGUAGAACUUCCACCACCAUCUCCCUAUGGGAAACCAGGUUCCCCAUACUCUACGUCAGACAAGGAAUCUGACACAUCGAGGCAACAUUCACCAGGCAAGGAGUUCAUCGAAGGUAAUCAUCAAACAUCUCUAAGCAAGAAGCAGACUGAAGAACCAAAUCAAACUUCAUUUAAUUAGUUUGUCAGAGACGAUAAUGUAGAUUUCACAAUUAUGAAAGAAGCCGUAAAUACUAUAAGAAAUUAAUAAGAAACCAUUAAAUUAUUCAUAAACUUAAGCUUAUUAAAGAAAGGGCUAAUACAAAGAAAGUAACACCAUAAUUUAUCAUUGAUAACUGCUUGUCAUUAAUAUUAAAAGGUUUAAUUCUUAACUCAGAUUUGUUCCAGUUUCUAAGGAAACUCGGUGAUGCUUAUUGUUUAUUUUUUGUCUGGUAUUUAAACUAUAAGUGUAAAGGGCAUGUGAACUCUCAUGUAAAUUGUGAGCAUUAUAACUCGGAAGUUAUAUUAUUUUCAGAAUAAUAAUGUUCUUACUUUUAAUAUGUACGUAUCAGUAUGGAUGUUGAUAUUUGUCCUCAGGUAAUAAACUAAAGAGUUAAGUUGAAAAGGCAUGUCAGCUCUAUGUGAAUUAUGAGCAUUAUAACUCGUUGGAAGUUAAAUUAUUUUCAGAAUAAUAAUGUUCUUACUUUUAAUAUGUAUCUGAAUGGAUGUUGAUAUUUGUCUUCAAGUAAUCAGAGCAGAGGUGACUUUCAAAACACUUUAACCAACAAUUGCUACGGGUUUGGGCAAUUUUUCCUUACUUUAAGGUUAAAAGUAAUAUGAUAACCUGUCGUUUAUUUGUCAAUAAAUGUAAAUCUUAUUUCCAACAAGUAGAUAAACAAUGGAUAUAAAUACACGUUUUGCUUCAUUAUACAUCAAUAAAUUAUAAU